CCCCCUGGCGGCGGCCCCGCCCCUGCCGAGCGCCCAACGUUCCCCCCGCGUCUCCCUCCCCAUCCUCCAGCUCUGCCCCAUUGUUCUCCCGUCCUCGGCUCCUUCCCUCCGCCCGGGGCUCGCCUCCUCCCUCCGCUUCCCUUCAUCCCUCCCUCCAUCCUUCCCUCCUCCUCCUCGCCGUCCCUCCCGCCCCGCUGCCCGGCGCUGAUGUCACGCACCGGCUGAAGGCGCGGGCGAUCAUGGCUGCUGCGGCCGCGGCCGUGCCGCUGGCCUCCAGCUAACGCCCGCGAUGGAGCCGGCGAGCCUGCUGCGAUUCCUGCGGAAGCUUAAGGAGGUUUUCGAUGUGUGCGACGAGGAUGCGGACGGCUUCAUCCGGGUGGAGCACUUCGUGGCCCUGGGGCUGCAGUUCGGCCAGGGGGAUGAGGUGGAAAAACUGGCCAAGUACUUGGACCCCAAUGAUUUGGGAAGAAUCAAUUUUAAGGACUUCUGUCACGGAGUUUUUGCUAUCAAAGGCUGUGAAGAGUUGCUAAAAGAUGUCCUGCCUCCUGAGAGCUCUGAGCCUCAGCACUAUGAGCCACACUAUGUUGAUUACUACUACCAGGGGGGUGAAAUCCAGGACUGUGCCUACCUGGACAGCGAGAGCGCCUACAGCGAGCCGGAGCUGUUUGCCGAUGAGGACGCGAUGACACUGGCCCAGCAGGAGGUUCACCAUGAGUCUGACAUGGACAGUGCUAUCGAGAGUGCCCAGAGCUCUGAGGCCUCGGAUGUGUGUCGCAGUGAGGAGAAGGAUGGAGUGCUUGGUGGCCUCUUCCUGCCCGGUGACAAGUCAAGUCCUCGCAACCCUUCUGCAGCAUCUGACCUCUCAACUUAUUCCACCGCCUCUCUGAUCAGUAAUGAAGAACAGUUUGAAGACUAUGGGGAAGGAGAUGAUGUGGAUUUUACCCCCAGUAGCCCAUGCCCUGAUGAUGAGACCAGAACCAACGCCUACUCUGACCUUGGCUCAUCCGUGUCUUCCAGUGCUGGCCAAACCCCUCGAAAAACGCGGCAUGUUUAUAGCAGCGAGUUGCUGGAUGUUUACUGCUCACAGUGCUGCAAAAAGAUAAAUCUGCUCAACGAUCUGGAAGCCAGGCUGAGAAACUUGAAAGCAAACAGCCCUAACAGGAAAAUAUCAAGCACGGCUUUUGGAAGACAACUCUUCCACAACAGUAACUUCAGCAGCAGUAAUGGCAGCACAGAAGACUUGUUCAGAGACAGUAUAGACUCCUGUGAUAAUGAUAUCACUGAAAAGGUAACAUACUUAGAAAAAAAGGUGACAGAACUGGAGAAUGACAGCGUGACAAAUGGUGACCUGAAGAGCAAACUGAAACAAGAGAACACUCAGCUAGUUCACAGAGUUCAUGAGCUAGAAGAACUGCUGAAAGACCAAGAAACAUCAGCAGAACAGACCCUGGAAGAAGAGAUAAAGAGACACAGGGAAGCAUACAGCAAGUAUGAGAAAGAGAAGGGCACAGAAAUCGAGCUGCUAAAUACAAGGGUUCAGCAACUGGAAGAAGAAAAUGGGGAGCUGAAAUGCACUGUCACACGACUGAAGUCACAGACGGAGAGAUUAGAUGAGGAGAGGCAACGCAUGUCAGACAGGCUGGAAGACACCAGCCUGAGGCUGAAGGAUGAGAUGGAUCUAUACAAGAGAAUGAUGGACAAACUGAGGCAGAACAGACUGGAAUUCAACAAGGAGAGGGAAGCCACGCAGGAGCUCAUCGAGGACUUGCGGAAGGAGCUGGAGCACCUGCAGCUGUACAAGCUGGAGUGUGAGCGGCCGGGGCGUGGGAGGAGCUCUUCAUCCAGCCUGAGUGAGUUCAACGCCAAGACCAGAGAGGUGGAGAUGGAGCACGAAAUAAAACGGCUGAAGCAGGAGAAUCAGAAACUUCGUGACCAAAAUGAUGAUCUUAAUGGACAGAUUUUAAGUCUUAGUCUUUAUGAAGCUAAAAACCUCUUUGCAACGCAAACAAAAGCCCAGUCACUGGCUGCUGAAAUUGAUUCUGCAUCAAGAGAUGAGCUCAUGGAAGCCCUUAAAGAACAGGAAGAGAUCAACUACAGAUUGCGACAGUACAUGGACAAGAUCAUUCUGGCAAUCCUAGACCACAACCCCUCUAUCUUGGAAAUAAAGAACUGAAGAGAACGUGAGGAGGAGAAGCAGCAACUGCCUGAUCUUUCUGCACAUGCCACUGGAUCUAAGCACCACUCUGAUACUGUAAAUGAACCUAUAAAUGCAUACACAGACACUAGGUGUGAGUGUGGGCACGCGGGUGUGUUUCUGUCACCUUUGGUACACUCUUGUUUGUCCUUGGAUUGGCUUGGGUAGACCUUUUUUGUUUUCCAUGCACUUUCACUACCUGUGAUAAGAUGGAUUCUGUAUAUUAAUGUAAUACCAAUAGAACUGGAUCAUGCUCUUUUAGAUACUGGACAAAAUGACUCUACCUCUAGCUGUAAAAGUGAAAGAGAGAAAAGGACAAUGGAAACAUAUGGAUGUGGCCCUAACUUCAGGAGCAAGAAUUGUUCUUUUCUUCCAGGAAUUUGGGUGCCACAAACCAAUUAACAUCCCCAGGUUCAGUUCCUGACUGGUGCUGACUGUGUUAUUUCCUGUUUAAGUUAGCUUUAGUACUUAAACCACGUGUAGGAGAAAAAAAGAAAACAAAAAAAAAGCCAAACUUUGGAGAAAAGGAAAGACACAAAUUAAAAGGGAAGAAGAGGAAGAUAUUGCAGAAUUGUUGCUAUUUGUGGAAAAUCACCCUCCAGUUGUUUGCCACUGUCAGCACAAAGUGCUUGUUAUGUGAGAUCACACUGGAGCCUGCUCUGGGAUGCUCUGAGCCAGCCCGCUCUGGUGUAUGUGUCUGUGUGCAUGUCUGGGUGUUAUGCCAGGGUCCCGUAGCAUUGAGGCUAAGAAACUCUGUUCCCCUAUUUUCAGGGGUUUAUUAUGGCCAUCAAGAUGAAUUCUGGGAUCUUGCCCUUUCCCCUCACCCUUAGCUUUAAGGAUUUCACUGGAGGAACACACUACAGUUCUUACUAAAAAAAAUAGAUGGGAACAAAACCCAACCCACAAAAACCCACCCAACCAAAAACAACCCAGCAAAACUGCAUGAACUAGCUCACUUCAGAGGGAGGAGGAGCAGCCCUUGAAAGCAUGUGUUGAGUUGCCUUCCCUCCCCAGACACACUGCACUCCUUUGAGACUGACAUUUUGUGGCAAGCUGUAGAGAGGACCGGCUGGGUCCUGCCACUGAAGAGGAGACUGACGUGGAGGGACUUCUUUCUACCAGUCAGGCAACACAGAGAGCUUGGUCUUGCAGAAGUUGCCACUUCACCCAUGCAUAUCUAAAGCUCUGCCCAGGGAGCAUAUCCUGACCAGGCUGAGCAGUUGUGCAGGUGCUUAGCUGUCGCCAUGUGCUGUGGCUGCUCAUAGGAGUCAUUGGGACAGAACAUGAGCUUUAAAGCUGAGUCUGUGCUGAAAUGCUGCCUUAAACAAGGAUGGACUUCCACAUGUGCCUGUGCUCUCCUGAGCUGCAUCUUUGUGCUGUAGGGCUAGGGCCUGUUUAGCUAAUGAUGUAGCUUAGAGAAGGAGCUUGUGGAGUUGUUUGGGUAGGGGAGUGCUUAAACAAAAAAAAUCUUUGAUUCCAGUUUGGGUUUUUUAAAAGUAAAUAUUUUACACUUUGAAUUCACAACAAUUGGCACAGAAAGGGAGGCCCAGGUAGCCCCAGUCCACAGAGAUGUUUCCUCCAUUGAACUUACUCUCCAGAAGGAUGUUGCAGUAGCAAUGACUGUGCUUUUCUGUGUAUUUCUUGCUGUUGGCAGUGUCUUGCCCCUAGUAUCCUCUCGAUGUAUCUUGGUGUGUAUAUGUGAUGAAUUUGAAUACAUAAAACAUGUAUUCACUUAUGGAUGUAAAUAUAUAUAUCUAUAUUUUUCUGCAGUCUCUGCUCUUGCCUUCAGUGUUGUGUUCCUGGAGUGAUGGGAAGGGGGAAAGUACUGAAAUCAAACCUUCUUGAAGGCAAGAAAAUAAAACUGGUUUCUAAUGUAUCUGCCUUAGGCAGGUGGAAAGUAACAGGAAAGGGACCAGAGGAGUGACUGUGGAACACGACAGGCAGCACAGAGAUUGUAGGAAUGGAGUGCUGAGGCAGGGAUGGCACAGCUGUGUUCAAACAGUGAUGUCUCAGGGCUGGUUUCCUGAGGCUCUAGGAUACCCUGGAGGAAGGAAUUGCAAGACUGCUCCCUUGCCACCUGGGGAUGGUGUUAAAUGUCCUGUGCUAAAUUGCAGCAGCUUCUGUUUGUGGUGAAGCAGGUGGAGCACCCUAGAUGCCCCACACCUGCACUUUUCCCACCUGCUGCUGUUUCUGGAUGUGCCACCCAGAAGGUAAGAGAGGAGCAGUUAUCUUGGUGCUACCUACAGCUCCCUGCCCACAGGACCUGCAUUUAGUGAUGGCAUUACCCCUGGGGGUGCUGCCUGUGAGUUGUGAGAGGACUUGUGGUGCUUGCAGACCCCAGAGAAGUGUCUCAGGGUGUCAGAUGGCUGCUGCUAACUGCUGUGACAAGCAGGGCUGGCUGAGGCAGCAGUCCUGCUGCUGGAGCCACCUGGCUUUGGUAAGUAGCUCUUCUCUCCUGCUCUCAUGAAGUGUGUUUAAAUACAAGUGAAGCUGUUGCAGGUCAGUCUGAUUGACUGAGUGUUUUCCCCUAAAUAUUUUUAAGAAAAACCAGCUUUUUAGCUUCAAAGUUGUAAUCAUCUAAACCCUAUUCCCAAUAGAGUAGAACAUCAGCAAAUGCUGAGGCCUGCAAAUUGUGCUGAGCAGGAGGGAAGCAGAGAAGCCUGGCUUACCCCACCGAGACCACAGAGCCCAGCAGCGUGGACACAAGAAGAGGUGACUGUAAAGAGAGCCAAGAUGUUGUGCAGGUAAUUGGAGAUGAGAAGUGAAGUCACUAAUAGUGACAAAUGGCUACCAACUCUGCCUCAAACCCUGAAGGCAGGAUUGUAGUCAUGGAUUUUCUGAAGACUUACAGAGCUUCUCGCUGAGCUCUGUACCAGCUGCUUCAGCAUUUGGAAGCUCUUCAUUCCUGCAGUGUUUGCAUUUGAAGAGCUGUUUUGCCACCAUGGUGGUGGUGUCUGUAGCUCUGUUUUAAUACAAAGAGGAGUUGCAGUUUGCUCCUGUGGGGCUCUCAGUGUGGCACUGCUCUCUGACUGUGCCAAAACAUACUGGGUGCGUGCUGUGUUUGCCAAAUGAUGUGUAAGAGGUGGAUACCUUAGAGGAAAUCCUAAAAAUCACUAAUUAGCAUUUGCAUUCUUUGAGAGAGAGCAGAUAAGAGACCAACUUGUUUUGCACUUCAAGCCUUGGAGAAAUGCUUCUACCCCCGGAAAAAAAUCCUCACAUUUAAUGCCAUGCAGGAAACUCAGUGAGGAGGGAUCACUUGGUGGGGCACGGGGGCAGGGAGAAGAGUUGCCUGAUCCUGGCCUUGCAGAGAGUGUGGGCUUUGUUCAAGUGGCAGACACUGGCAGAAGAAACAGGAGGUGAGGGAGAUGGGGAGGCACUGUUCUCAGUGUCUGUUCUCUGAUAAAUAUUCUUUCCUGUGGGCUCCCUUUGUGCUCACAGGCCAGCUGGGGAGGGACAGGGUGCCUCUGCCAGGGUUAGUGGAACGAUGCCUUCACUUCCCGAGGAGAGUGACUUCAAAGAGAAAUGUGCUACCAGCUCAUUCUAGCAAUACUCAAGUGCAGCAAACGCUCCUGUGUCAAAGCUGUGCUUCUCAUUUAACCCUCGGGGAGGCAAGCACCAUCCAAGGUAACUCUGUCUUGAUCUGCUCCUUAGUUCAUUCUGCUUUAGACUCUGAGAAAGCUAAGAGACAUCCUGGUCAGACCAGUUGCAAACCACUGCAAGUGCAUGGAAAAAAAGGUCUUGCUCUGGCUGGAAGCUGUCUUCUAUCAGGCUGACCCCCAGCUGCAGAAAAAAAUACCUCUUUAUAAACUUUGUACCUGAAAUGUUGUCUCUCAAGAGUUCUCCUGAUAGUGGUUGCUUCCCUCCAGACAUCAGGCUCUGCUGCUGCCUAGUUCUGGUUUUGGAGUGUGGUGCUGAUUCAACACUACAGUGACAUCCAGAGUCAGCUUUUUGAGUACUUUCUGUUAAAGACUUGAGCUGUUUGGGCUCUGGUCGGGUUGUGAAGUGCAGCAGUGACAAACUGUAACCAUCCCAGUUAUCUUUAAGGAUGUUUUCAUCUGCCUUUUGUGUGGUCCUGGGCUAUGUCCCAUCUGUGUGGCAAAAUGUAGCUGCAUCUCAUGGUGUGUUAGCACAUGGGGUAAGCCUGAAGUUCAUCCAGACAGGGGAUCGUUGGCACAUCUCUGUGAAUUUUCCCUUGCUCCUGUGUAGCUACCCCAUUGCAUGCUCUACUUGCACACUGUUUACAAGGCACAGCCUUCCUAGCUUAGCCUACCAAGAGAACCUUACAGAUAGUGACAGCAGCCUAAGAGAAACAGCUGCAGCCAGGGCCUCGGUACCAUGGCUUGCCACAGUGUGGAGCCAGCUGACAGCUGCCUUGUGCUCCUUAAACUUUGGGCUUUUAGCUUCCUGCCUUAAGCCUCAAGGUUUUGUACAGCUGAGAGCAGUACCUAUUCAAACACGUGACUAGAGAGGGGUUAGUUUGUACUAACACUUUACACCUAAUGAAAACGUUUCAUAACCAAUACAGACCAGUGUGAUGUAGUUUGGACACCUGCCCCUGGAACUGGUGUUUCUGUUUGAGGUAGGUGUUGUGAGUGGUACAGCUGUGUCACCUGUGCUGUCAGCUUCCGUGUCACUGUUCUCAGCACUGACAGUCGCCCUGGCAGACCCUCACUACACCACAGUGCCCUGGCAGGGGGGCACGGAGGUGAUCGCUCUGGCAGGAGCAUGUUGCAUGCACAGGCAGCGAGGGGUACAGAAGGGCUGGGGCUGCUCAUCCACCCAGAGCAGUGAUCUUCCACCAGCCAGCUCUAGCCCUGUUUUAUGGAGCACCUUAUCCAUGGCUAAAUUAUUCUGAGUUUGGGAGAGGAGGUGGGAAGGGCACGCUGCAGGGCAGCAAGCAUUGCACUGACAGUAUGUUUCAGUACUGAGCUCUCGGAGAACUCAUGUCCCGGGGGUGGGAGCUGUUUGUUUUGCUUUGUUGCACAGACUGUACUUAACGUUUUUCUGCAUGGUUCCAUAUCUUAGUACUUGUGCCUUUCUCUGUUGCGAGGACACGUCGUGUUGUCACAUUUGGUCUCCUCUUUUGGGCACUUUUUAUAUACACUUUCUGGGUUGGAUCUUCCUGGUUCUCAUGUAAUGUACAUGUGUAUAUAGGAAAUAGUUUGGAUUUGUAUCCAUGUGCCUCCGAGAUGUAAAAAACCCUCAUUUUGUACAGGUUUUUUUAGAAGCACUAGGGCAUGGUCUGAAUUAUGUAGCAAAUGAAACUGAACAUAAUUAGCAGUUCUUUGUCUUCUUUUAGAAGUGCUGUGUCAGAGGGCUGGUCUCUUUUGUAUGGCAGUGUCACACACACGCUCCCCAGAUGGAUUGCUCCGGUGUCCUUACGAGACCAAUUCUAUCCACUUGUUGGUUGCAGUUAAUUCAAACUAAUAAAACACUCGACUAAAUGCUCUGGUCCUGACUUGGUGGUUGUAGUUUUUGUUCACACUGAAGCCAGUUUGAUUAUUUUUUAAAUACUUGAAAUGGACACCAGACCAACAUUUCAUUUGAACACGUUGCCCAUUUCAAGUUCACUUCAGUUCUGGGAUUAUUUUUGUGGGUGUUGGCAAGUGAUUGACUCUGCUCAUUGAAAUGGAAAGAGAAAUAGCAUUACCAGCUCAUGGAUGCUUCUUAGAAAGGGUAAAAUGCUUUAGAUUGCUUCUCUUCCCUCCCUGGCUUCUGUGGCAGCUUUUCCUAAGGACUGAUGCUGGAUCUGCAUGAUCUUCCCCUUGCAGAUGUGAGAAACUGAGCAUCUCUCUUUUGCUGUUUUGGCAAAUGCUGGAUAAACUUCUUACCUUGGACGCUGUAGCACAGCAGUCUCCUGCAGCAUUUGGGAAGCUGAGUAGAUGUCCUAUAAGGCUGGGCCACCUCUACCCUGGUCCUACAAGUGUCCUUCCCUCCAGCCAACCUCUUCCUGAGCCGGUGCUUUCAUUUAUUGAGUGUUGACCCCCUCAGCUGGUGAGGUGCUUGAACUGUUCCCUCUCUCACACCUCGUGGUUUAUCAAUACCCACUCACCAGCCCCUGGACACACCAAGAUAAUGAAUUGUGGCAAGUCACAAGAAAGAGGAACCAUCGACAUGCCCUGAAUCUCCCAAAGCACAAAGUGUGAUCUAUAAAAUGUAUUCCAUUCUCGUUGAGGAGCAUAUUUUAAACUGAAUUUGGCACCCACUUGACAUUGUAAAGCUGCCUUAGAAGCAAGGAAGUGGAUUUAUUUUUUAAUGCAAAGGGCUGCUUGGUAUGAAAAUGAGCAAAGUCCACUUGCUCUGUUGUCGCUGAGAAAAGAAAACACCCCCAACCUGAGAAAAGCAGCCAGCCAAAGUGGCACCUGAGUAUCUUACCCUCAUCCUGUGAUUUGCACCGCCGGUGGCGUGAUGUCAGUGCUCUUGCGAUGUGCCAUUGCUCUGUUUUCUCUGUAUCCUCUUGAACUACUUUCUGGGGACGACAAAGCUGUCCUUGCUGUUGUGGGUCCUUCCAGGUAGCUGUAAUGUACAAUCAGACGUGUAAAUAAAUUAUUUGCUCUCCCUGCAUGACUAAAA